UUUAUUUUAUCCACAUUACAAGUAAACCGUGUCUUUUUGUUUGACGAGGCGCUGGCGGGAAUUAAGGAAUUACUGGUUAGAAUCCAGAACCUGGAGGAGGCCAGAAAACAGACCCGGAGUGACUGGUAAAGUUACACCGCCUCGUCGGAGGAGUUUGAAUGCAGAACAGCGUUAAACCAAAACCGGGACGAUGGAGACAACUCCAUUUUGGAAAACUUGUGGGGCUUCAUCAGGAACUCAUGCUUUUACCAUGGAAACAACAGUUAAGUGAGAUUAUCAACAGGAUGGCCGUCCGUCCUCAGAAUGUUGGUUGAACACACAAACCCCCGCCUUCACCACAAGCCCCGGAAACUGACACGUGAUUGGCCUAAGAAGUCGUAGAUGUACGACGGACAGGGAACCUUGGUGACGAGUCCAGGAGAGCCUUGAGGCCAACAGAUAAGACCGUCCCAGUCUGGAGGACACACGUCGUCUACAAUAACAAGAAGAAGAAGUCGUCAAACUGAUCACACCCUCAGGCACGGAGUAAAGAUGCUAACUGCCAAAGUCUGCUCCGUAUAACUGGGGAGAAGUGGAGGACAGACAUGGGGUCAGGACUCCUCAAGCUGUUUGCAUUUCUUCAGAAACACCGCACCCCCCUGAUCAUAACAAGCUGUGGCGGUGUGUUCGCAGCCAAUAUGGUGUAUCAUGUUUUUCCUGAACAUUCCCACCGACGGCUGUACCAAGCCUGGUAUAAAGGAGAGCAAGUCCCGCUGUCUGAAAAACUACAGGCACUUUUCCAGCAGGUGCUGAAGGAUUACGGUGUCGGCUCGCCCCAGAACUUCUCUGCCUUUGCCUCCUUUGGGUUCCAUCCGGUUGCUGCAGGUGUGCCUUGGUUUCCUGCUGGAGCCCUGAUUGGAAUCCCAGCAAAUUUUAACAGCACCGCCGAUGACCCGGGUGGAAUCACCAACCGCAGUAUAUUUAUUAAUGGAGAAACGGUGGACUGGACUAGCGAGGCGGGCUCUGCCCUGAAAGACUCACUGUUGUUCUCUGAGGACUCACAGAAAUUCGCCAUCGCCCGAGAUGUGGCUCGUUUGCAGUGUGGAGGACCAGUGUUAAACGCCGCCGUGGCCCCACUCUGCCUGGGUGGAGUCUGGAUUUACAGCGCCAUGCUGAAGCAGAUGUUUGGACUCCACGGUGGACCUUUAAUUCUCCGUGGCGCUGCGAACGGUUUGUCGCUCUGCCUGGGUUCGGCGUCGUACAUAAUCUCCAUGGAAGCUGUUAGCAACUGGAUAGACCGUGUAUCAGACAGGCGUGCGGCACAAGUGUCACAGGGUUAUGCCAAAGGAGGGUUAGAGUUUUACGAUAAGAUUCUGUCCAGAAACAAGACGCUGCGUUCCUUAAUGGGCGAGAAGGGGAAGGAGGUGUACGCCCCCAGUGGGAACCUGUUUCCUGGUUACGUCUUUCAGUUCAGACACACACCUUACACGUCCAGGAGGAAAGGGAUUCUUGACCUGCUGAAUGAGGAGAAAUCUUGAAAAGCAGGAGGACAGCUGUGCUCAGAAAUAUAACAAGUUUGAGUGUCACCCAUAAGAUGAACUAUGACUGAUGACAGAGGAAAAGAAGAGUGUUGUAUGCAAAAAAAGUAGGACAACGAUUGUCACUGAAUGCUUUAAUGAAUCCAAAAUAAUUAUGUUUAGCAGCCAAUAAUGUGAAUAUGAUUGUGAAUUGAAUAAAAUACUGAUCUCAUUUA